UCUCUCCUCUCCUUUUCUGUAACACACGUCACCCACUUGGCUACUAAGAGAAGGGGAACUUCCACAAGUUAAAGUAUGUUAUGCCGUGUUGGAUAAUUUGUUAUAAAUUACCUUAGGCGAGAUCUGUGGACUUUCUCAUUGUUCUGGAAUAACUCUCAAAAACACUCAUUGGACAGUUGCCUAAGAAAUCAUGUGAAGUAUUCGAGUGUGCGCUUGCAGAUUCGGUUCCGCUAAUUGUCAGUUCCGAACUGGGGUUUAAUAGGCAACACUUGGACUGCAAAACAGGAGUGAUUCAACUCAUCCGACAACACUUUGCGCGCAAGUCCUUGCUUGCGCUCUUUCCUGACAGGCUGAACGAUCCCCGUUUGACGCAUAAAAUCCAAUGCGGACAAGGACAUACGAUCGGAGAUCAUAGGAAGCAGAAUUUAUUUCUCAUAACUACAACUAACUUCCAAUAGCCUACACUAUGACUUCAGUAUGGAAAAGAUUACAGCGCGUUGGCAAAAAAGCAUCAAAGUUCCAGUUUGUUGCAUCCUACCAAGAACUCGUGCUCGAAUGCACCAAAAAGUGGCAACCAGACAAGUUGAGGGUAGUUUGGACGAGGAGGAACAGGCGUGUCUGCACUAAGCUCCAUGGAUGGCAGCCGGGUAUCAAGAACCCGUACCGGGGCAUGGUUGUCUGGCCGGUACCGGAGAACGUGGACAUUGCCGUCACUCUCUUCAAGGAUCCCCUUUCUGAGGACUACGAGGACAAGGACUGGACUUUUGUCAUUGAGAGCGAGACGAAGGGCCAUCGCAAGGUGCUGGCCUCCGCAGACAUCAACAUGAAGAAGUUUGCGAGUGCCACGCCCACACAGACAGACCUCCACCUGAAACUGAAGCCGCUGUCCGUCAAAGUGGUGGAGGCCUCGCUCAAGCUCUCGCUGUCCUGUAUCUUUGUGAGGGAGGGCAAAGCCACUGAUGAGGACAUGCAGAGUCUGGCCAGCCUCAUGAGCGUCAAGCCCACAGACAUCGGUAACCUUGACGACUUCAAUGAGAGUGACGAGGAGGAGGACAAGAGGCCUGUUGCUGGAGCCAUGAGCAGAGCUGCUGCAGCCCCGGCCCCUGCAGCCCACCCUACUCGCACCCAGGAUAGGAGACCUUCCUCUGGACAUAACCCUCCACUUACAGCCAGUGGGAGAGACCCUGGUAAAUCUGGCAAGGCUGGAACUGCCCCCAGCCCUGUCCUCCACUCCAGACCUCCCCUGCCCGUCCCCCCAAGCCCUUCUCCCAGACCACCCUCCCGCUCCAGGCUCCCCCGCCCUGUGCCCUCCCCUAAUCCCUCCCCUAAUCCCUCCCCUAGUCCAUCCCCCCAACCCCCAGGCCGGUCCAGGGGAACCCAGUCUGCAGUCUCUGCUGCUCACAAGCAGUCAGCCCCAUUGCCCCACCUCCCCCCUGAGCCACCUGCACCACCAAAGCCCACCAUGCAGACCCAACUACCCCCUGAAACGCUGACACCCCGGAAACAAGCCCUUGAACGCCGUCAACAUACUGACCUUCCCACACGCCCCAAGACCAGACCUGAUGCCCCCACGCACUCCGGCCCCACCCCUCAUCUCCUUUCACAUCCCCAACGACCCUCCGAAUCCCUCCCAGCCUCCAAACCUUCUCCAGAGCCCGAACUUCCCACUGAACCCCCCAAUCCUUUCCUGCCCACUACUGAGUCACCCACACUCCCACUGUCCUCCUAUGAAGCCCUUGGCCCCUCAGUGCGAGGCUUCACUCGCUCUCAGCCUCCGUCUCUGCCCAGAAUCUUCAAGCCCAGCUCGGGCACAGCGCCAGUGUCGUUUGUCAGGUGUCCAUUUGACGUGCAGAAUGUGGCUCCUUCUCCAGAUCCCCAGCCUCCUGUCUCUGCAGUUCGCUCUCACGUCUUCAAACCUAAGCUUUUUCCGACUAUGCGUCCCUCCUCACCUUCGCCUUUCACCUCUGAUUCUCCUCCCCAUGACGACACCGUGGUUACAGGCUCCUCCCCUUCAUCCCUUCUUCUCCCUACAUCCCCGCUCUCCUGCCCAGAGCCAGAACCUUGUGUCCAAGGGAAGUGGUCAAAGCCCAGAAGUCCAGCCUCAGGCUCCUCCCCUUUUAACCCCUCCCAUCCCUGUGACGUCAUCACAUCAGUCCCCCUCCUCACCAGUCCUGACCUGGACUCCCUCUGUGACCCUGUCAUCCCUCCCCCCUCCCGCCUCCUACCGCGCUCCUCGCCCCCUGCCCUCCCCCGCUCCUGCCCAGCCUCUCUCUCUGCUCCUGCCGCUGCUCCUCCCACUACUGCACCUGCUGUUCUCGGUUCCUCCCAGUCAGGUAUUCCCCACCAACCCUCCCAUGCUACCAUGGAGACAGCCCCCCCUCUGACCCUGACCAGGGGGGAGGAUGCCUCCCACUCCUCCAGGAUGGUUGCCUGCAUCAGAAUUGCCUCGUCUGCCUGCCCUGCUCCCACCCCCUCUCUCACCCCUGCACUACACCAGCCAGCCAUAGAGAGUGGGGCAGAGACAGACGUUAUAAGUUCUGGCCAAGAUGGCCACCCUGACCCCAUCAACUCUGAAGAGUUGAUUGUAGCCCCGCCUCCUCCCUGGCCCUUCUCCUCCACAGAGAGCUCUGCUCCCGGUCAGGAAUCAACCAAUGUCCUGGCAGCAUUUAUCACUGUCAAACCACCGGUGGCUGAUGAGGAAGCAGACGUCAAAGAUUUGACCAAGAAGAACAAGCCCUCUCAACCUGCCUUUGCCCCGCUCAAAACACACUUAAUAGCAGACAAGCCACCAUUGGCCGAACCAGAACCUGACUUUGAUGACAUCAUAGAUAAAUCCAGUCAGACUGCAGGAGGCUUCUUUAUGGAAGAGAAGGUGGAAUCUAAGGUGGACACCAUCAAGAGGUCUCCUCGGGACUCGAUGGUCGAGGAAGGAGGAUGCAAACAGAGAGCCAAUCAAACCCCAUCUGAAAGAAAAGUUGCUGCAAUGGACCAAUCAGAAGAGGGCAGAGAGGAUGGGCAUAAAGAGAUGCAAUCAAAAGCUGAUAACAAACCAUGUGACAUCAUGGAGAGACCUCUGAAAGACAGACCAGAGGAGGAGAGCAUGAGACUCCCAGGUCACGAUGAGGACAAUAGGUCAGAUGAGGACAAGGAGAAGAUAAAAAGCCUGUCUGGUUAUUCACUGUUAUCAGGAUGUUCUCCAGAGACACAGCCUCAAAGUCUCAUUCAUGCACCUGAAGUACGGCCUAGCUUCACCCACAAACCGGAAGAAACAGCUAGCUUGACUCAUAAGCCUGACGAAACAGCUAACUUGACUCACAAGCCUGAAGAAACAGCUAACAUGACUCAUAAGCCUGAAGAAACAGCUAACUUGACCCACAAGACUGCAGAAACACCUAGAUUCUCAGAGAAACCCAAGGAAACACCCAAUUCCUGCCAAAAACCUGAGAAAAUAUCGAGUUUUUCCCACAAACACAAAGAAACACUUAACUUCUCUGACAAACAUAAGGAAACACCCAGCCUCUUCCACACACCCGCUGAGGUAGCUGAUGUGCCUGCUCAACAGCCCCCUCCGGUGGUGAAGAGCAGCACCUUCGCCAUCAGGCCUCCUUGGACUCAGGAGAAAAAGGAGGAACAGACAAACCAACCAGCAGCAGAGCCCAAUGCUCAAGAGAAUCCACAGACACGGACCGUGCAGGUCCCCCUGUGGAAGGUUCUAGAGGAGAGAACACAGCAGGAGGACAUCCUCAGAGGAGAACCAUCAUUAGACCUAGACUUAGGAACAGGCUCAGACAGAGACAACGCUAACAGUCUAGAAGCUGUCCAGUUAAUCAUCGUUGAAGAACGAGAGCUUCCUCCAACUCCACCUCCUGCCCCACCCACCCCCCAGUCCACCAUCCCUCCCAUCGCCCCACCCACAACCCAGUCCACCAUCCCUCCCAUCGCCCCACCCACCACCCAGCCCACCAUCCAGCCCACUACCCUUUCCUGUACCCCGCCCUCCACCCCGACCCCUGCCACCUCCACCCCCACCACUACCAUCUCUACAGGCCCAGCUUCCCAGCCAUCGGUAAAGGACAAGUGUGAGGAGCAUGAGAGAAACCUCUCUCCGCCUCCUGAAGAGGUCUGUGCGGAGCAUGUCAUAGUGUCCGGGCUGGAGUCGACGACCAGGACCACGGGGUCUGUCCCAGGCCGCUCCCUGCAGCUGGACCCCCUGCCGGCCUUAGAGUCAGACCCCCCCUGUGGAGGACAGGAGGUGGAGGGAGACGACACGCGGCAACCAUCCGACAGUGAGGGGGGGAAUGUUUUUCAACCGUCCAAUAGCGAGACAGUGUGUGAGGCGGAGAGGCCGCUGUGGGCGGCCCUGGAGGAGACGAGGAGAGAGCGAGGGGCGGGGCCAGGGAGCUUGGCGCCUCUGACAACCGUGACGAGUUCUUCCUUGGGGGGUCGCUGUGUAGCCAAGGAGAUUCCUCCUCCUUCACAGACCCCUCCCCCCUCAGAUGACGCCACACAUACAGACGUAGCGGUGACUGACAGCUCAGUAGCCUAUCAGGAUUCUGAAGCAGGGAAGGAGGAGGGGCGGCAGGAAGCGUCCGUGGGCCUCAUCACAGCGUUAGUGGGGGUCCUGUAUCGGGGCUAUGAGACAAUGGCGUCCAUCCUACAGCCUUCCGUCCAGAAACAGGUACCAGACGCUGACCAGCCCUUUCCCUCUGACCUGAACAUACUGCCCCCUGCGGCCUUCUCUGAUACUGCAGAGGAGCAGCCAAUCACGGGACAGGACGGUCCACUGGACUCGUCAUUGGUCUUAGAGAUAAACAGGAAGGAGCUUUCGGAGCUGUUGUCGCGUCGGUGGUCCUCUAAACCCAGCUUGGUGGACCGUCUGAGACAGGCUGCCAUAGAGCAGGAGAUGACCAAUGAAAUGGUCUCUGGUCCUGAUGAGACCAUGCCUCCAUACCCAUCUCAGACAGAAAAUAGAGAAACGCACAGAGCAGAGAGAGAGACCGGCAGCAGAGAGCGAGAUACAAACAUAGCGGAGGAAAAGUCAGAAGCUGAGAGAGACAGAGCAGAAACCCAUCCGAAGAGGCCAGAGACAGACAGAGCAGAAAGGACAGGCAGACUAGACACAGAGUCAGCACCGCUGGAGAGCGCCAACGCUAGCAGCUGCGGAGAGGCGUGGCCUCCUCUAAAAGAGGUGGAGCUGGACGAUAUAGCCUAUGAGGAGUUUCUGGAGGCCCCCGAACCUCCCCCUUUGUCUGGACCUCGACCAAUCCUGCUGAAGAAGGAGGAGGAGAAGGGGGAGGAGCUGGAGUUUGAGCUGGGGCAGGAGGACCUGGGAACCGUCUGGUCGGCUGAGCUGUACAUGGAGGGGGGCGGGGGGCCAGACCUUCCUGUUCCUGCGAGACGUUCCAAGAAACAGUCAGAGCCCGCCCCCUGCCCUGCUGACUCCACCCCCAGCCCUGCUGAUUCCACCCCUACACCUGCUGACUCCACCCUCAGCCCUGCUGACUCCACCCCUACACCUGCUGACUCCACCCCCAGCCCUGCUGACUCCGCCCCUACACCUGCUGACUCGACCCCUUCCCCUGCUGACUCCACCCCUACAACUGCUGACUCCACCCCCAGCCGUGCUGACUCCAGCCCCAGCCCUGCUGACUCCACCCCCAGCCCUGCUGACACCACCCCCAGCCCUGCUGAUUCCACCUCAACAUCAGUCCCCAACAGAGACCUUGUCCAGACCCCUCUCGCCAGCUCAGACGAGGGGCAGAUGUCGUCUAAAAGCCAGAGUCCUACAGAGAAGGACGUGUCUAUUGCUGUUGUACCUCCCCGACGUAGCAAGAGGAAAAGCCCUCCCCUUCCUGUAAAAUCUCAGGAAGUGACCUCAGAUCCUGCGGUGACCCCUGAACCUAGGGUGAUGCAGGUCAGGGACGAGGCUGAUGGGAAGAAAGAGACUGCUUCUCAGGAGGUGUCUAAUGUGGACACUGCAGACCUGGUGAGUUCCAGCCAGUCUCUGCUACAGUGGUGCCAGGAAGUCACACAAGGUCACCGGGGAGUAAAGGUUACCAACUUCAGCACUUCCUGGCGUAACGGCCUGGCCUUCUGUGCCAUCCUGCACCACUUCCACCCUAAACUGAUAGAAUUUGAGAAGCUGGACCCUCAUGACAUCAAGUUCAACAACAGGAAGGCGUUCGAUGGCUUUGCAGGACUGGGCAUCUCCCGUCUGCUGGAGCCAUCAGACAUGGUCCUGCUGUCGGUGCCCGACCGACUCAUCGUCAUGACGUACCUGAGCCAGAUCCGCUCCCACUUCACGGGGCAGGAGCUCAGCGUCCUCCAGAUAGAACACAACAGCAGCCAGACCAGCUACACGCUGACGCAGCCCACACCCAGCCAGCCCAGCGAUGUGGAGGCCGCCACGGCCUUCUGCGUCCGCAAGCUCCAGGAGGGAGGCGCCGGUGAGGGAGAGGCCAGGGAGGGAGAAGCCGGAGGAGGGGAGCAGAAGGUGAAGACCAACGGCAGUCUGGUGGCCCCUCCCAGGACCAAAAGACUACCCAAGGUGGAUGACAGGGGAGGAGUUGGGGAGAAGGAAAGGCGAGGUGGAGAAGGGGAGGUUUCCAAGACCCCGGUUGCUCCCCCUAGGCCUCUGGCCUCAGCCGCCAAGUCUGGGCUGGGUCAGGUGAGAGACGCCGACCUGCUGAAGAAGAGGCGGCAGAAAAUCAGGAGCCAGUCCAUGGAAUCUGAAGACACUCCCACCAUCCAGCAUGACGGUGUUCCGAGCGAAGUCACAAACGGCUCCUCAGCAGCCAGAGAGAACGCAGAACCAGGAGCGCAGAGAGCAUCGAAGGCUCAGGAGUUUAUCGUGAACAAGGAAGAGGCAACCAUGCAACUCCAGGACACUAACCAGUACGUGCUAAGUGAACUCCAGGCAUUAGAGACGGAGCAAAGGCACAUCGACAGCCGAGCGGGCGUAGUGGAGAGACGCCUCCGUCGCCUGAUGGAGACAGGAAGUGAUCGCGAGGAAGAGGAACGUCUGAUCCAGGAGUGGUUUACUUUGGUCAACAAGAAGAAUGCUUUGAUCAGGAGACAGGACAACCUGGAGUCACUGCAAGAGGAACAGGAUCUGGAGAGACGCUUUGAGCUGCUGAACCGAGAACUCAGAGUCAUGAUGGCUAUAGAAGACUGGCAGAAGACAAGUGCCCAGCAGCACAGGGAGCAGCUGCUGCUACAGGAGCUGGUGUCUCUUGUCAACCAGCGAGAUGAGCUGGUUAGAGACAUGGAUGCCAAAGAGAGAGGGGCUCUGGAGGAAGACGAGCGCCUGGAGCGAGGUCUGGAGCUGAGAAGAAGGAAGUACAGCAAUAAGGAAAAAUGUGUUCUCCAGUGAGAGAGGAGAGGCGUGGUCACUGUUGACCAAUGAAGGAGCUGGAUCGUGAAACCAUUAUUGGACGGUUGAGUUAGUGGAGAGACCCAGCCGGCAGCUGGCUGGCUGGUUGCCCCAUGGUGGAGACUGUUGGGAGUGAGUUUGACCUAGAACUCUACUGCUUAAGAAUAGUCUCCAUGACUACUAUUGAAAGUGUUGAACUAUUUUUUCAUAGCCUUUUUCCCUUUGUUGAACAUGAUAUGCAUGGUGUUUGAGAUGGGUGCCAUACGACGGGGACUUGUGGAUAAAGAUCAGUAUCAGUCUGUUAUAUAAACGAGUGUCCCAGUACUAGAAUUCCUUUUUGGGACCGCAACAGAUUACAUGUUAGAACGAUUGUUCAUAUCAAUAUAUGGCAGUUUCCUUGAAUGUUUGUCCCGAUAUUGUCAAACAAAUGGUUUUGUUAUUUACCCGGUGUGUCAUCUUGUCGUGGUACUUUCUUGUUGUGUUGUAUGAAGAUGCUUUUCCUUCAUCCUGUGUCGGUAAUGUCCCUGUUAUUUAUUACCUCCAGUGUGUGCAUGCUGAAUAAAGCGGCCUUGUCUGUUCAGA